GUUCAUGACAAACAGUAGACUGUGCCUAUCAAUUUCUGACUACCAUCCCGAAACGUGGAAUCCAGGCUGGACUGUAUCAUCUAUUCUAGUUGGACUUCACAGCUUUAUGAAUGAAGAAUCUCUAGCGACUGGAGUGAUCAACGAACCUCUAGCGAAGCGGCGCAAAUGUCCGGAUUUUAAGAAGUUUUUCCCGUCCGUUAUGGAAAAGGUGGAAGCAACAAAGACUUCAUCAGCGUCAUCAUCCCGCAGUAAUUCUAAACGAAUCAGCUG